CACCCAGAAACUCAAAAAGGAAAGAUGCUUUGGGCAUCUCGCUUUUCUUUUUCUUCUUCUUAUUCUCUUGAUUAUAAUGAUAAAACCAAGAAGAGAUUAUGGCCUUUUCUAGAAUGAUAAGGAAAAUUUGGCGACACUGCUUCCCUUUCAAUCAUUCUUGUUUUAAGCGCAAAGGCUUUCCCUUCUAUCAAACUUUUCUUUCUUCCACUCUUUGCUUCUAGUCCUCCUUGUUAGGAAAGAAACAUGGCUGGGGCCUUGGUGGGUGGAGCUUUUCUCUCUGCAUCCCUACAAGUGCUGUUUGACAGGAUGGCUUCUCGCGAGGUCCUAGACUUCAUUAGAGGAAGGAAACUUAAAAACGGGCUGCUGAUCAAAAACUUGGAGAUAGCUCUCUUAUCUAUUGGUGCAGUCCUGGAUGAUGCUGAGGAGAAGCAAGUUACAAACAAAAAUGUGAAAAAAUGGAUCACUGAGCUCAAAGAUGCUGUCUAUGAUGCGGAAGACUUGUUGGAAGAGAUUAGCACCGAAGCUCGUAAAAGAAGGUUUGAAGCUGAAAGUCAAACCAGUACAGCUCAGGUAUGUCGAUUCUUUUCUUCUCUGAAUCCAUUUGAUCACAAAGGGAUAGAAUCAAACCUAGAAGAGAUCAUUGAGAGGAUUGAGAUGUUGGUGAAACAAAAAUAUGACCUUGGUUUGAAAGAAGGUAGAGGAGAAAUGUCUUUCCGGAGAUCACCUGCGACUUCUUUGGUAGAUGAAUGUGAUGUUUGUGGCCGAGAUGAUGACAAAGAAGCCAUAAUGAAGUUGUUGCUGUCAGAUGAAGCAAGUGGAAAUCUGAUAGGAGUGAUUCCAAUUGUGGGAAUGGGUGGAGUUGGUAAGACCACUCUUGCAAAGUUGAUAUACAAUGACAAUAGAAUCAACCAAUGCUUUGAGCUCAAAGCAUGGGUUUGUGUUUCUGAAGAAUUCGAUGCUUUCAGGAUAACAAAAACUAUUUUUGAACAGAUUAUUUCAGGGACUUGUGAUAUCAAGGACUUAAAUCAGCUCCAACUUGUUUUGAAGGAGAAAUUGUUGGGAAAGAGAUUUCUAUUUGUUUUAGAUGAUGUCUGGAAUGAGAAAUAUGUUGAAUGGGAAGAACUUAAAAGUCCUUUCAACUCGGGGGCAAUAAGAAGCAAAAUUGUUGUAACAACACGCCAUGAAAAUGUGGCAUCAAUUAUGAGGACAGUUCCAACUCAUCAUCUUAAUCAUUUAUCAGAUGAGGAUUGUUGGCUUCUGUUUGGUAAACAUGCGUUUGGCAAUUCUGAUCCUGGGAUGCAUCCAAGACUGGAGGUUAUUGGCAAGAAAAUCGUGAAAAAAUGCAAGGGUCUGCCUCUAGCAGCAAAAACACUUGGUGGUGUGCUGCGAUCCGAGCCAGAUGUCAAGGAAUGGGAAAAGAUGUUAAAGAGUGAUAUAUGGGACUUGCCUGAUGAUGCAAGCAAUAUUCUUCCGGCAUUAAUGUUGAGUUAUCAUCAUCUUCCAUCUCAUUUGAAACGCUGCUUUGCAUACUGUUCAUUGUUCCCAAAAGAUUACAAAUUCAGAGCAGAUGAACUAAUUCGAUUGUGGAUGGCAGAAGAUCUUUUAGAGCACCCAAAAGAACACAUGAAGAUGGAAGAAGUAGGUGAUGAAUACUUCAAGAGUUUGCGGUCAAGGUCCUUUUUUCAACAGUCAAGUGGGGACAAAUCCUCUUUUGUUAUGCAUGAUCUAAUAAAUGAUUUGGCUAAAUUUGUGUCUGGAGAAUUUUUUUGCCAAUUAGAAGGUGCCAACGGUACAUCCAAAAGGACAAAACGAACUCGACAUUUGUCAAAUAUCAAAGAAGAAUAUGAUCUCUUUCAGAAAUUCGAGGCAUUAGAUGAAUCAAAGCAUCUGAGAACAUUUCUUACUUUGAGCUCAUCAUCAUGGUCAUGGUCUUCUUGUGUUACAAAUAGGCUGGUGCAUAAUUUACUGCCAAAACUAAGAAAACUGCGGGUACUCUCUUUGUCUAAAUAUGAAAAUAUCAGUAAGUUGCCAGAUGACAUUGGUGAUUUGAAGCAUUUAAGAUAUUUGGAUCUUUCGGAAACUUCAAUUGAAAGGUUGCCAGAAUCUUUGAGUUCAUUGUAUAAUUUGCAAACACUGAUACUGUUUGGGUGUGAAAAGUUGGUUGAGUUGCCUCGAAGCAUGGGAAGCCUAAUCGACUUAAUUUAUCUGGAUCUCAGGGGAACAAAACUAACAAACAUGCCAUCACAAAUGUGUAAACUAAAAGAUCUACGAAUAUUAACCAAUUUUGUUGUGGGUGAGCAAAGUGGGGCUAACAUCAAUGAAUUAGAGGAGCUUCAACAUUUGCGUGAAGGAAUUUCUAUCUCAAACCUACAAAAUGUGGUUGAUGCAGAAGAUGCCAAAGACGCUAAUUUGAAGGGUAAGGUGAAUCUUCAAGAGCUGGCCUUGGGUUGGAGUGGUCAUACUGAUAACUCAGAGCAUGAAAGACAAGUACUCAGCCAGUUGGAGCCUCAUAAGUUUUUGGAGCACCUGGUUAUUGAAUAUUAUGGAGGAACAAGAUUUCCAAAUUGGGUAGGGGAUUGUUCAUUCUCAAAUAUUUUAUCCCUGCGCUUAAGCAAUUGUGAGCAUUGCUUUUUCUUGCCACCACUUGGGCAGUUGCCAUCGCUGAAAGACCUCUCAAUUGAAGGAUUUGUUGCAAUAGUGACAGUGGGUAUUGAGUUCUUUGGGAGUGGUUUUUCUGUUGUAAAGCCAUUUGGAUCCCUUGAAAUUUUGAGGUUUAGGAACAUGCCAGAAUGGAUAGAUUGGUUUUCUUUGUCAGAAGGAGCUUUUAGUCAUCUCCAUGUACUAUACUUAAAAGAUUGUCCCAAGCUAAUCAAAGCCUUGCCUAACCACCUUCCUUCCUUAACGAAACUUGUGAUUCAAGAUUGUGGAAGGCUUGGGGGCUCACUUCCGAGAGCUCCAAGUAUCAAUGAACUGGAGUUGGUCAGUUCUGAUCUAGUGCAGCUGGAGGCACUACCUCCUGGACUACGAAAACUGAAAAUUGAAGAAUCCGAUGUUCCCGAUUACACACUUGCGCUGAUGCUGCAAAACUGCACUGGUCUUGAAGAGCUGUCUCUUUCUAAAUGUUCAUCUCUCAAGUCCCUUCCCCGAGGCUGUCUACCAGCUACAUUAAACAAGCUUAGCAUCCGUAGCUGUCCUGGCUUCGAGUUUUCUACAAUUCUCUUGUACACAUCCCUGGAGAUGUUGUCCUUAGUUGGUUCAUGUCAUUCACUCCAAUCGUUCCCAUUAGGAUCAUUCCCUAAGCUAAAUACUGUCUAUAUCUUUUAUUGCCAAGAUAUUGAUUCCUUUACUGCAUCAGAUCAAACCAAUCAGGAUCUCACAUCUCUCAAGUCUCUGCAUAUAUUUCGCUGCCCUAAUCUUUUAUCUUUUCCUCAAGGAGGAUUAUCCGCCCCGAAUUUGACAUGGCUUUGGUUCUAUGAAUGCAACAAUUUGAAGUCACUACCUGAGAAUAUGCAUUCCCUCCUCCCAUCCCUUGAAGGUUUGUGUAUAUACAAUUGUCCAGAAAUCAAGUCAUUUCCAGAAGGAGGUUUGCCAUCCAAAUUGAAAUUUCUUCGAAUCGAUGCUUGUGAUGAACUUAUAGCCAGACGAAUGGAAUGGGGUUUGCAAAGACUUCCUUCGCUUAUGAGCUUCCAUAUCAGCAGCAAUGCAGAUAUAAAGUCCUUUCCAGACGAGACUCUACUGCCUUCUUCGCUUACCUCUCUAUCAAUCUCCAUUCUUCCAAAUAUCAAAUUUUUAGACUAUAAAGGGCUUCAAAAUCUUACAUCUCUUCGUCAACUAGAUAUAUGGUACUGUCCGAAGCUCCAAUUCUUGCCAGCAGAGGGGAUCCCCUUUUCGCUUUCUUAUCUACAUAUCGUGCAUUGUCCAUUGCUAAGCCAACAUUGCCAAAAGGAGAGUGGUAAAGAUUGGCCUAGGAUUUCCCAUAUCCCUGUCAUAAAGAUUGACAACGAUGUGGUCAGCAUAGAUUGAGCUACCUCCUUUUGCCUUGUUAACCAAAUCUCAUUCAGAUUCUAGAUAGCUUAGCUUUGAAACAACCGAUCAACGGGCCCUCAAGGUGUAAGGCCCGUGUUUACCUGGACAGAUCGUCAGAAUCCUUGCAUUGCUCUGACUUUUGGGGCUGGGAUUUCUCUGCUCUAUUCGGUGCU